AUGACUGAAAAUAUAAUUGUAUUAAAUGACCUCAAAGACUCUAAAGGAAUUACUCUUCUUAAAGAUGAAAAAAGUAUAUUUUGUAUUGUUAAAUCACAAAUUGGAAUUGAUGAAGCAAAUGAAUUAAUUCAAUUAAUUAAAAAAGAACCAAAUAAAGAUAUUAUUACACAAACUAUAAGUUCAAUUAAAUAUAAUAAAUUAAUAAAAUUAAAUAACCAACAAACAAGUUAUGAAAUUAAUGUAAUGAAACCACAAAAUAUUCAAGAAAUUAAUAAAUAUAAAAAACAACAAUAUGAAUUGUUUUUAGAAACACCUGAAUUAUAUCAACAAUAUACUCUUCCUUAUAUUUCCACUAUUCCUUCUUCAACUUUACAAUGGAUUAAUGACUAUUCAAAUGAUAUCACUAAACCUUUACUUAAAGGUGAUGGAUUCUUUUUAGUUCCUGAUGUAAAAUGGAAUAUGAAAGAUAUGAAUUUAUUUUAUGGUAUUUGUUUUUCUAAAGAUCCAUCUAUUCUUUCUAUUAGAUCUUUACGUCAAUGUCAUCUUCCUUUAUUAAAGAGGAUGCGCUUUGAAGUAUUAAAAUAUAUAAAUUCAAUAACUGGUUUAAAAGAAGAAGAAAUUGUUAUUUAUUGUCAUUAUCAUCCAUCUUUUUGGCAUUUUCAUGUCCAUUUUACAAGUAUUAAUUUUCCUACAUUAGCUAGAAAUAAUUCAAUUGGAAAAGCAAUUCUACUUGAUACAAUUAUUCAAAAUAUUGAAUUAGAUGAUUUAUAUUAUUCUAAAGCUAGUAUCAUGAUUUCUAUUGGAACAGCCCAUCAAUUAUACGAUAAAUUUAAUCAAACAAAAUAA